AUGUCCGAAGUGUCAAUCGACGGUACUGCCUUCCAUAAGAGGUUGUCGAUUCUCCAGACAAAGUUGGCUUCCGAAGAAUUCAAUACCAUUUCUUCGUUGCUCUUUCUUGUGGAAAUCGACUAUCCUUCAGCUUUGGCUUUGGGCUACGAGUUUGCUCACACUGCUAUCUUCGUUACGCAAGACAAGUGUGUGAUUCUUACUUCUGAGGGUAAAGCUAAACACUUGGGUCACUUGAAGACCAAACCUACUGCCAACUCCAGUGAUGUGGAGGUUUGGACGAGAACAAAGGACCAAGACCAUAACCGCAAGUUGUUCACUGACUUGGUGGCAAAUCUCAAGGAAUCAUCCACCGAUGGCAAGAAGGUUGGUACUAUUGUCAAGGAUCAAUUCAAGGGCAAAUUCAUCGAUGAAUGGAAGGAAGUUCUGAAACUGGAAAACCUCGAGUUCACUGAUGCUGCUCUUUUGGUGUCUAAGAGUGUCGAAGUUAAGGACUCAGAUGAGCUCAACUCCACUAAGUUGGCCUCCAAGGCUUCAGUGGUGAUGAUGGACUCUUUCACUAACGACAUGAUGGUCAUCGUGGACGAGGAAGUCAAGACUACGAACGUUGACAUCUCAGACAAGCUUGAUAGAAAAAUUGACAGCUCCAAAUGGUACACGAAACUGGCCUUGGGCAAGAAGUUGUUGCACAACGAUAAGGAUUUCGACGCUGAGCAGAUUGAUUGGUGUUAUUCUCCAAUUGUUCAGAGCGGUGGCGACUACGACUUGAAGCCAAGUGCCUUGUCUUCUGAGAAGAGAUUUGUUGGUGACGGUGUCAUCAUUGCUUCUGUCGGUUUGAGGUACAAGAAUUACUGCUCCAACAUUGGCAGAACUUACUUGAUUGACCCAUCUCCUGAAGUGUCUGACAACUACGAUCUUUUAUUGGAAUUGCAAGAACAUGUGGUCAGCAAGUUGUUGAGGAGUGGUGUUUUGGCCAAGGAUGUUUUUGCCGGUGUCGUGAAAUUUGUUGAGUCCAAGAAACCCGAAUUGGCAUCUCAUCUUACCAAGAACGCUGGUUGGUUGACUGGUCUUGAAUUCAGAGAUUCUACUUUGGUGUUGAACGCCAAGAAUGAAAGAAAAUUGGUUGAUGGUCAAGUCUUCUCUUUGACUGUUGGUUUCUCUGGCUUGACUGAUUCUAAGGCAAGCAACCCCAAGUUGAAGAACUACUCAUUGCUUCUUACAGACACUGUGAGAGUUGGUGAUGGUCAAUCUUUUGUUUUGACCAACUACCAAAAAGCUAAGAAAGAAAUUACUUUCAACUUGAAGGAUGAGGAAGAAAAGCCAGUUGCGCCAAAGAAGGAAAACGGUAAGAAGAUCAAGUCCGAAAAAGACCAGAAUAUCGAGAAGAACCUUGCUGUCAAUGAAAACCAGUCAAGAAUUUUGAAGAACAAAUUGCGUCACGAAUCUGCAGCAGCAGACGAUGUUAAUGCUGAAAAAAUCCGUCAAGAAGCACAAAGAAAGUUGCACGAAAAGAGACAGCAAGAAGGUCUUGCAAGAUUCUCUCAGGCAGAUGCCAAUGACAAUGCUGACUUGAAGCCUGUCUUUAAGAAGUACGAAUCUUAUGUCAGAGAGUCCCAGAUUCCUAGCAAUGUGAGAGACUUGAAAAUCCACAUCGACUACAAGAACCAUACCAUUAUUCUCCCUAUCAAUGGUAGACCAGUUCCAUUCCAUAUCAACUCGUUCAAGAACGGUUCGCAAAAUGAGGAAGGUGACCACACCUACUUGAGAUUGAACUUCAACUCUCCAGGUGCUGGUGGUAAUAUCGGUAAGAGAGCUGAAUUGCCAUACGAGGAUGCUCCUGAAAACCAAUUCGUCAGAUCUAUCACUUUCAGAUCUCGUGAUCGUCAAAGAAUUGUCGAUGUAUACAAGGCCAUUCAGGACUUGAAAAAGGAUAGUGUCAAGAGGGAGGCUGAAAAGAAGCAGCUUGCCGAUGUUGUUACCCAGGGCAACUUGAUCGAACUCAAGGGCUCCAGAAUGAAGAAGUUGGAGCAGGUCUUUGUGAGACCAACGCCUGACACUAAGAAGGUUGGUGGUGUGUUGCAGAUUCACGAGAACGGUUUGAGAUAUCAGUCUGUACUCAGGGCAGACCAAAAGAUUGACGUUUUGUUCUCAAACGUCAAGCACUUGUUUUUCCAGCCUUGCAAAGAUGAGUUAAUUGUCAUUAUCCACUGCCACUUGAAGAGCCCUAUCAUGGUUGGUAAGAGAAAGACCCUUGAUAUUCAAUUCUACCGUGAAGCUAGUGAUAUGGCAUUUGACGAAACCGGAGGCCGUAAGAGAAAGUAUAGAUACGGUGAUGAGGAUGAAUUGCAACAAGAACAAGAGGAGAGAAGAAGAAAGGCUCUUUUGGAUAAAGAGUUCAAGAACUUCGCCGAGAUGAUCAGUGAUGCUUCCAAUGGUAUGCUUGAUUUGGAUAUUCCAUUCAGAGAAUUGGGUUUCACCGGUGUUCCUUUUAGAUCUGCUGUCUUCUGUAUGCCAACCAGAGACUGUUUGGUUUCUUUGAUUGACCCACCAUACCUUGUGGUGACUCUAGAAGAGAUUGAAAUCGCUCAUUUGGAGCGUGUUCAGUUCGGAUUGAAGAACUUCGAUUUGGUUUUCGUCUUCAAGGACUUCAACAAGCCAGUCGUUCACAUAAAUACCAUCCCAAUGGAAGUAUUGGAGGAUGUCAAGCAUUGGUUAACAGAUGUUGAUAUUCCUUACAGUGAGGGACAAAUGAACUUGAACUGGGGUGCCAUCAUGAAGCAGGUCUUAUCGGACCCAUACAGUUUCUUCUCUGAUGGAGGCUGGCGUAUCUUGACCGGUGACGGUGAAAGUGAAGAAGAGGACUCUGAGGAAGAGGAAUCUGAAUUCGAGGCCAGUGACGAUGAUCCAUCGGACGAAGAGGUUGACAGUGACGAAGGAAGCGAGGAUGCCUACUCUUCCGACGGAUCUGGAAGCGGCAGUGGUGAAGAAGAAGACGAAGAAAGUGAAGGUGAAGACUGGGAUGAAUUAGAAAGAAAAGCUGCCAGAGACGACAACAGACGUGGCAGAGAGUAA